CUCUAUCCUCUGGCAUUUUUUUCUUUGUGAGCAAGCCAUUCCAUUUCUAAGCCAGAUGUAAUUACCUUAUUGGAGCAAGGAAAGGAGCCCUGGAUGGUUGUAAGGGAAGAAACUAGAAGAUGGUGUCCAGGUCUGGGUUUUCUGGACUCUGCUUUUCUGGUAGAGGAACCCAGAGGACUGAUCAGCUCUCGCAGCUCUAAAACCAUGGCCCGUGGAUCAUUGACAUUCAGUGAUGUGGCCAUAGACUUCUCUCAGCAGGAGUGGGAAUGUCUGGACCCUGUUCAGAAGACUUUGUACCGGGAUGUGAUGAUGGAGAACUAUAGAAACUUGGUCUCACUGGGCCAUUCCAUUUCUAAGCCAGAUGUAAUUACCUUAUUGGAGCAAGGAAAGGAGCCCUGGAUGGUUUUAAGGGAAGAAACGAGAAGAUGGUGUCCAGAUCUGGAAUCAAGAUAUGAAAUAAUUAUCUCUGGAAAAAUAUACAUAUAUACAGAACAUUCAUCUCUUAUUCUAAAGCACAGAGUUUAUAACGGAGAGAAACCCCAUGAAUGUAAGGAAUGUGGGAAGGCGUUUGGUCGUCCUUCAGACCUUAGAGCACAUCAAAAAAUUCAUACUGGUGAGAAACCGCAUGUAUGUGAGGAAUGUGGCAAGGCCUUUCUUCGUCUUUCAGACCUCAAAGUACAUAACAGAAUUCAUACUGGUGAGAAACCCUAUCAUUGUGAAGAAUGCGGGAAGACCUUUAGUCGUACCUCAAACCUUGCUCAACAUGGAAGAAUUCAUACUGGUGAGAAACCCUAUGAAUGUAAAGAGUGUGGGAAGACUUUUAGGACUAACCAUGAACUUAUUGUACAUCAUAGACUUCAUACUGGUGAGAAACCCUAUGAAUGUAAGGAAUGUGGCAAGGCCUUUAGUGUGCGUGGACGACUUAUUCAGCAUCAGAGUAUUCAUAGUGGUAAGAAACCCUUUGAAUGUAACAAAUGCAGGAAGUCCUUUAGGCUCAUUUCAACCCUCAAAGUACAUCAGAAUAUUCAUACUGGUGAGAAAACCCUUUGAAUGUAACAAAUGUGGGAAGUCCUUUAGGUUUAGUUCAGUGCCCAAAGUACAUCACAGAAUUCAUACUGGAGAGAGACCUUACGGAAUAUAUGUAUAGUAGAUGAUAGAAUUAUACCACUGAGAAACAAAUUAAAUGAAGAGAAUGUUAGAAGGCUUUUUCAAGAUGGCUUAUAAGGCAUCAAAUAAUUUAUAUAGGCAUGAACUGCUUGAAUUUACUUUUUUUUUUUUUUUUUUUUUUUUUUUGGUGAGGAGAUCAGCCCUGUGCUAACAUCUGCGAAUCCUCCUCUUUUUUUGCUGAGGAAGACUGACCCUGGGCUAACAUCCAUGCCCAUCUUUCUCCACUUUACAUGGGACACCGCCACAGCAGUGCGUCGGUGCGCGCCCAGGAUCCGAACCAGCGAACCCCAGGCCACUGCAGCAGAGCAUGCUCACUUAACUGCUUGCGCCACCAGGCAGGCCCUGAACUCCUUGAAUUUAAAUAAUGUUUGUAGUUUUUCAGUUAUGGCCCAAAUAUUGUUCACAUUUGGAGAAUUUGUUUUGUAUUUUGUAUAAGAAAGUCUUUUAUAGCAUUUUUCUAUGUUUCAUCACUCUGUGGCUAUCCAAGCUGUGUGGCCAAGGUCACAAGGCAGGUAUGUGCCACUCAGGAAAUAGACCAGUGCCUGAUUUGAAGUCAUGGAGAACAGAAGACAUACACACUGGGAUCAGGUGCUACAGAGUUUACUUAUAGCAAAAGAGGUGGUUGAAUGCGCAUGAUCUAGCUCUUUGCAAUGUGUCAGUAAUCCCAUGGCCCCAUUUGGAGCAGAUCAACUCGAAAUCUUUUUUGACUUUUUCUUUUUUGUGUGUGAGAAAGAUCAGCCCUGAGCUAACACCCAUGGCAAUCCUCCUCUUUUUUUUUUUUUGCCGGGGAAACUGGCCCUGGGCUAACAUUCGUGCCCAUCUUCCUCCACUUUAUGAGGGACACUGCCACAGCAUGACCUAACAAGUGAUGCAUCGGUGUGCGCCAGGGAUCCAAACCCGGGCCGCCAGCAGCAGAGCACACAUGCUUAACCGCUACGCCACAGGGCCAGCACCUCAACUCGAAAUCUGACAAGGAUGUUGAGCUCUACACAACUCACUUUGUGGUGCAGUGGCAAGGCACCAACCCCUUCCCCAUGAGGUCUGACGUCCAGAAAACAGUGAGUGUGCCUGAGGGCCAUUGACGUCUGUGAUUAAGCAGAAUAAAGGAGUGCACACUGAGUUUGACACGGAAGAUAUUUUCGCACAAGGCAAAAAGCCCCUCAGAGGCUGUGAGGGCUCUUUAUCUUUAGGUAAGGAGGUGUUGCAGGCCCAACAAGGCCUAUUCUUUUUCUUUCCCCCAGCAUUACUGAGGUAUAAUUGACAAAAUUAUAAAUGUAAGGUGUAGAAGUAGUGCUUAGUGGGAAAUUUAUAGCUAUCAGUGCUUGUAUUAAAAAAAACAAGAUCUCAAAUCAACAACCUAACUUUACAACUUAAGGAACUAGAAAACAAAAUUCAAAGCCAGCAGAAGGAAAGAAAUAACAAAGAUUAGAGCAAUGCUAAAUGAAAUAGAGAAAAUCAUGAAACCAAGUUGUUUUUUCAGAAAGAUCAACAAAAGUGCUAAGCCUUUAACUAGAUGGACUAAGAAGAAAAGAGAGGAAACUCAAAUUACUAAAAUCAGAAGUGAAAGUGGGGACAUUACUGCUGAUUCUACAGAAGUAAAGGGAUUAUAAGAGAGUGCUGUAAACAAUUGUAUGCCAAGUAAUUGGAUAACCUAGAUGAAAUGGACAAAUUCCUAGAAACUUAAAACCUACCAAGACUUAAUCACAAAGAAAUAGGAAAUCUGAAUAGACGAGUAACUAGUCUAUAAGUAGUAGGGACAUUGACUCAGUAAUCAAAAAUCUCUCAAGAAACAAAAGCCUUGGACCUGAUGGCUUCACUAGUGAAUUCUACCAAACAUUUAAAGAAGAACCAAUACUAAUCCUUCUCAAACUUUUCCAAAAACUUGAAGAGGAGGGAACAUUCGUAACUUCUUCUGUGACACCAGUAUUACCUGUUACCAAAACCAGUGAAAUAGACUACAAGAAACAAAACCACAGAAUAAUGUCCCUUAUGAACAUGGAUGCAAAAGUCCUCAACAAAACGGGAGGAAACCGAAUUCAGCAGCAUAUUAAAAGGAUUAUACACCAUGACCAAAUGAGAUGUUUUCCUGGAAUGCAAGGAUGGUUCAGCAUAUGAAAAUUGGCCAAUGUAAUAUAUCACAUCCACAAAAGGAAGGGAAAAAACCACAUACUCAUCUCCAUUGAGGCAGAAAAAGCAGGUGACAAAAUUCCACACCCUUUCCAGGUAAAAACACUCAACAAAAUAGAAAUAGAAGGAAACGAUCUCCACAUAAUAAAAGCUAUACGUGAAACUAUUUCUACACAAUAAAAGCUACGUAUGAAAAACCCACAGAAAACAUAAUACUUGAUGAUGAAAGCAAAAGCUUUUCAUCUAAGGUUGGGAACAAGGCCAUGAUGCAUACUUUCACCUCUUCUAUUCAACGUAGUACUAAAAAUUCUAACCAGAUGAAUUAUGCAAGAAGAAGAAAUCAAAGGCAUCCUAAUUUGAAAGGAAAAAGUAAAAUUAUCUCAUUGCAGCUGAUAUUAUCAUAUGUGUAGAAAAUCCUACAGACGCCAUAAAAAAGGUGUUAGGUCUAAUAAGUGAAUUCAGCAAAGUACCAGGAUACAAAGUCAACACAGAAAUAUCAGAUGCAUUUCUAUACACUAUCAUCAAUAUGAAAAUGAAAUUUUAAAAACACUUCCACUUGCAAUAGCAUCAAAAAGAAUGAAAUACUUAGAAAUUAACUUAACCAGGGAGGUAAAAGAUUUGUACAAUGAAAACUACAAAACAUUGCUGAAAGAAACUAAAGAAGACUGAAAUAAAUGGAAACACAUCUCAGGUUCAUGGAUAGAAGUCUUAAUAUUGUUAAAAUGUCAACAUUACCCCAAGCGAUCUAUAGAAUCUAUGCAAGUCACAUCAAAAUCCCAAUGAUAUUUUUUGCAAAGUACAAAAACCCAUCCUAAAAUUCAUUUGGAAUUUCAAGGGACCUCAAAUCGCCCAAACAAUCUUGAAAAUGAAGAAGAAAACUGGUAGACUCAUACUUCCUUAAAACUUACAACAAAGCUAUAGGAAUCAAAACAGUAUGGUCUUGGCAUAAAGAUAGACAUAUAUAGGCCAAUGGAAUAGGAUAGAGAGCCCAGAAAUAAACCUUCACAUAUAUAGUCAAGAGAUUUUUCACAAGGAUGCCAAGAGCAUUCAAUGGGAAAAGGACAGUCUUUUCAAAAAAUGGUGCUUGGAAAACUGGAUAUCCACGUGCAUAAGAAUGAAAUUGGACCCUUACCUAACACCAUGUACAAAAAUUAUCUCAAAAUGGAAGAAGGACCUAAACAUAAGACUUGAAACAGUGAAACUCUUAGAAUAAACCAUAGGACAAACACUUCAUGACAUUAGAUUUGGCAGUGAUUUCUUGGAUAUGACACCAAAGGCACAGGUAACAAAAGAAAAAAUAGGCAAAAUAGACUUCACGAAAAUUAAAUGUUGUGCAUCAAAAGACACUAGCCAUCUGACAAUGCCAUUGAAGCUAAUGGAGUAUCAUAAUCAACAAAUCAGUUUUGGAAGUCACUUUCCUAUAGCUACACAUCUCCUUCAUUAGAAGAGAAUAUGUGGGUCAUUGUCAUCCAAAAGAUAAAAGUAUCCACAGAGUAAAAAGGCACCCACAGAAUCAGAGAAAAUAUUUGCAAAUCAUAUAUUUGAUAAGUGAUUAAUAUCCAGAAUAUAGAGAAAUUUUUAAAACUCAACAACAAAAAACCACCCAAUUCAAAAAUGGGCAAAGGACUUGAAUAGAUAUUUCUGCAAAGAAGAUAUAUGAAUGGGUAAGGAGCACAUGAAAAGAUGCUUAAUCAUUAGGGAAAUGCAAAUCAAAACUACAGUCAGAUAUAACCUCACACCCAUUAGGAUGGCUACUGUAGUGGAAAAAAUGAGAAAAGAGCAAGUGUUGGUGAGGAUGUAGAGAAAUCGGAACCUUUCUGCACUGUUGAUGGGAAUGUAAAAUGAUACAGCUGUUGUGGAAAACAGUAUGGAGGUUCCUCAAAAGAUUAAAAGUAGAAUUACAUAUGAUUCAGCAAUUCCAAUUCUGGGUAUAUACCCAAAAGAAUUGAAAUCGGUCUCAAAGGGAUAGUUCUACAACCAUGGUCAUAAUGGCGUUGUUCACAAUAGCUAAAUGAUGGAAGAAACAGAGUUUCCAUCAUUGGAUGAAUGGAUAAGCCAAAUGUGAUAUAUUCUGCAAUAUGCUACAACCUGGGUGAACCUUGAGGACAUUAUGGUAAAUGAAAUAAGCUGUCACAAAAGGCAAAUGUUGUGAUUUCACUUAUUUGAGGUACUUAGAGUAGUAGGAAUCAUAGCUAGAACUUGGAAUGGUGGUUGCCAGUGGCUGGGGGGAGGGGAGAAUGGGAAGUUACUCUUUAAUAGGUACAGAGUUUCUGUUACAAAAUGAAAAGAGUUAUGGGCAUGAUGGUAGUGAUGGCUGCACAACAAUGUCAAUGUAUUUAAUACUACUAAACUGUAUACUUACAAAUUAUUAAGAUGGUCACUUUUAUGUUGUAUUUUAAAACAACAACAACAAAAUUGCACAGACUGGGUGGCUUAAAUGACAAAUUUAUUUUCUCAUAGUUCUGGAGACUGGAAAAUCAAGAUGUCAGCAGGUUUGGUUUCUUCUGAGGCCUCUCUCCUUGGCUUGCAGAUGGCUGCCUUCUCAUUACAUCCUCACAUGGCCGUUUCUCUGUGCAUGUGCAUUUCCAGCUGUCUCUCUGUAUGUCUUGAUCUACUUAUAGGGACAUAAGUAAGAUUGGAUUAGGGUCCACCCAGAUGACCUCAUUUUAUCUUAAUUACCUCUUUAAAGCCCUAUCUCCAAAUACAUUCUGAGGUACUGGGGGUCAGAAUGUCAACAUAGGAAUUUGGGAGAAACACAUUUAAGUUCAUAACGUUGGUCAAACUGAUGCAGCAUGGCCCAAGGCCUCAGGCAUACAAAAGCACUGUUUUUAGACAGGAUAUUCCAAGGGCUCAGAGGUUAUCUCUCAGAAGCUGGUUAAGGGUCAGUCGUUUUCUUGUAAUAUGCAGGGUUUGGGCAAACAAGGCUGACGUGUUAACCGUUUGCACACACCAUGUAACAAAAAGAAAGCUAAUUAAGUAAAUGAGGAUAACUAGAGAGAAAGAGGAACAUAGUGAUAAAAAGGUGAUCUCACCG